AACUGGAGAAAGCCCUAAGAUCUUCCAAGUUCAGAUCCAAACUGUAAAAGUAGAGGAGGAGCUGUGAAUUUCCCAGCUCAAAGGAGCAUCACAGUGGUCCCUGGUGAUGGGUUACAGACUAGGAGAUGCCCUUCUUUUCUGCCAUAAUCUAAAUAUGGAAUCCUUCUUUUUCCCCCAGAUGGCCCAGAUAUUGCCACAAUUGACCAUAUAAGCGAUCAAUUCGCAAGGGGGAUAAAUGUUACCUUGAGCUGUGUUGCUGAUUCUAACCCACCAGCACAAUUCACUUGGUUACAGAAUGGACAAUCUGUCAGCAACUCAGCCGCAUUUUCUAUUAUUACAUCCCUGAAUCAUAUCGGAAACUAUACCUGUAUUGCAACUAACUCAUUUACUGGCUUGAAGUGCACUGCAAACAAGACUCUUAUGAUCUAUGCGCCACUGUCCAAACCAACCAUUGUCACCUCCAACAUUACUGCAGUGGAGACCAAGGACUUCUCAUUGACAUGCCAGGCUACAGGCCAAAUUCACGCUUACCAGUGGUUCAUGAACGGAGUUGCCACAGCUGGUAGCAGGAUACAGCUGUCGCCAGAUAAGAGGACACUCACUCUCAGCAGGCUCACAAGAAGAGAUAACAAAGGGCCAUAUGAGUGUGAAAUCCGGAAUCCAUUUUAUAGCAAUAGGAGUGAUGCAUUCACACUGGAUGUUGCCUAUGGCCCAGAUAUUGCCACAAUUGACCAUAUAAGCGAUCAGUUCUCAACGGGGAACAAUGUUACCUUGAGCUGUGUUGCUGAUUCUAACCCACCAGCACAAUUCACUUGGUUACAGAAUGGAAAAUCUGUCAGCAACUCAGCCGCAUUUUCUAUUAUUACAUCCCUGAAUCAUAUCGGAAACUAUACCUGUAUUGCAACUAACUCAUUUACUGGCUUGACGCGCACUGCAAACAAGACUCUUAUGAUCUAUGCGCCACUGUCCAAACCUACCAUUCUCACCUCCAACAAUACUGCAGUGGAGACCAAGGACUUCUCAAUGACAUGCAAUGCUAUGGGUCAAAUUCACACUUACCUGUGGUUCUUAAAUGGACUUGCCCCAGGUGGUAACAGGAUACAGCUGUCGCCGGAUAAGAGGACACUCACUAUCCGCAGUCUCAGAAGAUCGGAAAACAAAGGGCCCUAUGUGUGUGAAAUUGAGAACCCAUUGUUUAGGAAAAGGAGUAAUCCAUUCACACUGAAUGUUACCUGUGAGUAUAUUGCUUCUUCCUAUAUGGUGCCUUCUUAUAGCCUGGUGGUGUGUUCCCAGAGGCCCAGGCUAAUUCAGUCCCUUCUCUGAGAG